UCGCCGCCGCGCUGCUCUCACGAAAACUACCCCAACAGGCUUCGCUCUUAGGCUAUACCGCGCUCGGCGCGAUUUUGGAGCCAUGGGUGACUCUACGGAGGCAACGGAGAAUUCAGAAAACGCGACUGGUGUCCACGAAAGCGGCUUAUCUGGAUUGAAGCGCUGUGCUGACAAUGACCCCGGUGAGGAGCCAACGUCCAAGAAAACCAGGGCGGAAGAGCAGAGGGAGACCAUUCCAGCUCCGACCAUUGCGGAUGACCAGCCUGGCAACGCUUGUAGGCUUUUGGCGCUAGCAGAAGAGUUGCUAGAUGAAAUUGUGAGGGAGGUGGAAGUGGAGGCUUUGCAGACUCUCACCUGGGUUUCGCGGAAUCUGCGAAGGAUUGCAAUGCCGCACCUCUGGAAGAAUACCCAUAUCGACUUCACGAGACCGCAGGGCCACUCAUUUUCCAGAGAGGGUUCGGGCGCAAUGGAGGUUGGACUUGAGGUUGGCCUUUUCUUCGGCACUAAAUAUAACACGGCGAUUGUCAGAAACAUCACCGAUUAUACCCGGAACCUGACGCUUACAGUUCCCGGCGAUACGCAAGACGACAAUCCCCAUAUACUUCCGUUUUUCACCCAGCUUGUUCAAUGCAUAAAGAAUGCGCCCUUGGAACAACUUCUCUUCCGCCGUUCAAGGCUCGAUUGGGUGCGCUGGGUCGAGUUGGGGGACGCGUUGUCUGACCGAGCCGGCUUCAUCCGCACCAUCAAGGAGAUUUCAUUCCCUAGCGUGACAACUGCUGACGCCCAUGCUGAACAUGAGGCCAGAGAGACUGAACUAUAUGAGAGCGGCAAAACCUGGGCACCGCAGAUGUUUCCCUGUUCUGCUCAGCUUGCGUUCCAAUGUCACGGCAUUGGGCAUGAAAGGAUGGUUAUCCUGUCUGCUGUUGGAUCGGUCCAGAGAAGUUUCAGCGUCAGUGCACAUCCGCUAGAUUUACAACCUGCCCAAGGAACGUCUGCGUCUGAAUUCGAGGAAGUCAUGACGACCAUGGGGCCUCCAACACAGUUUCAUUCCAUUGCUUUGGAGCAUGAGUACUACUAUAAAUGCCAAGGCGUAUUCUCGAUGAUUUUGGCUGCGCCAAUCACCCAGCAGAUCCGAGUCACACGGCUGACUCUUACCCGCAUAUGGUUGACGGAAGCAGAGACCAACCAAGUUCGGCGCAUCGAUGUUUCUGCAAUGGAGCACUUACACCUUGAAUACUGCGGCAACAUGGAAAUCAUCCUCGACGCCUUCAAGGAUGGAGAGCCAUCACAACUGAAGACUUUCAACUGCAUCAGGCCAAUCUUCCACACUGUUGAACAGUCGCGGCCCCAUGUUGUCGAAACAUUCCUCCGCAGGAUAUCGGGUCUCCGAGUCUUGCGGUUUAUUAGCAAUGACGAAUGGAUGAUGGACUUGGGGUUGGCACUGAGGAACCACUCUUCCCUUGAAGAGUUGGCCUUAAGAUUUGGCGCACAGGACCUGACACCGCCCAGAGUCCAGCAAAUCCGUGAAGCAUGUCCGAACUUGAAACACUUCUCAUUUCAGCCUGCCAAGAUGGAUAUUCCCCUACGCAUCGGCCGUACUAACCUCGAAUUUCGGAAAUCUUUCUACUUCUAUGCGAUCCAGCUAGUUAGGUUUCCCUGUCUCCGAGAGCUAGUCUUCAUCAUGUGUCCCGUGAAAAAUAUGUUGGCAGGCAACCUGAAGAUCAUUGCAGACAGUACUCACAAGAUUCUACUUGAUGCGCAUGGGGAGAAUGGCAAUUUGGCUGAUUGCAGGAUCAAGAAGAUCAAGACUGAAGUUAAGAAAGCCUUUACUCCAAAGGAUGACGGGAUGCCGUUCUUCGGCAGAACGACCAGAGCUCCCAAGUGGGUGAGAGACUCUGAGCGCAUAGUGGCUUUCGAGUACUAGCUGUGAGCCGUUAUGUGGCUCCAUAGCUAUCAACUGACACACUCCACUCUCCUCACAUGAGUGUCUAUUGUGCAAUAUUGUGCAGUAAUAAUGAAAUCGUUCCAGGAUGCUUCUAGGAGCUGCGGUAGUGUAAGCAUUCUCAAUCCAAAGCUUUUC